AUGGCCCGCGCCGCUACUGCCACCUCUUCCAACAACAGAGACGACCAAGAUAACUCACAGGCGCAGGACACAAAAGCCAGUAAGCGGCGCUGUGUCCAGUCGGCCUGUGUGCCCUGCCGGAAACGCAAGUCCAAAUGUGACGGUGGUACACCCGUGUGCGCGACUUGCACUGCCGUCUACAAGACUGAAUGUCAUUACGAUGCUGAGAGCGAGAGUCGUCGCACUAAGGCUACUCCGACAAUCGCAAACAGUACUGGGAUCAAGCGCGAUGCCUCCCUUGUCGCCGCCUCCAGCCCUGAGAAUGCCUCGAGCGCCGAAUUUAUUGUCAAUUCGCUGAGACGUCUACCUGAGGAGCAUGUCCAAGAGUUUCUCAAUCAUAUUCGAAGAGACCCCAGCCUCGACGUCACCUCCCUAGCUGAAACAUGGCGCAAGAACGUGACGCUGACGCAGAGCGAGCCCGUCGACGUUCAAAGCCUCGAGUCAGAUCUUAGUGUGCUGCUUGGGAAGCCAUCUGUUACAUCCACCGGCCAGAGCAGACACUUUGGACAUUCCGCAAGCCUAGGCCUGGUACCCGAAGAUGAGGAUUUCGGUGGCGGGCGGCUGCGUACCAACAGCGUGAAGCUAGAGCGUCAAGGGUCAACAUGGACCAACGUAACCGAUGACCUGGCUUUUGUUGAGACGCUGCUUGACCUCUAUUUCACCUGGAGUCAUCCCUUCUAUGUGCUCUUCAGCCGAGAGUGCUUUUACAAGGACUUCAGAGCGGGACGCGACAAGUAUUGCUGCUCUCUACUGGUCAAUGCUAUAUGUGCAUAUGCAUGUCAUCUCACAGAAGACCCUGCAGGUCGCACGGAUCCUGACAACUUCCGUACUGCAGGCGAUCACUUCUUUGCCGAGGCCAGGCGACUUCUGUUCGAAGAUGAAACCCCGAGCCUGACGACUGUUCAGGCGCUCUGCAUCAUGUCGAUGCGUGAGCCGAGUACAGGGAGAGAAAGUUCAGGCUUUUCGUACAUGGGAAGGUGUCUUCGUAUGUGUGUUGAGCUUGGUCUGCACUUGAACUAUGGCGCCAAUUCUGCGCUUGGCUUGACACCAAGUGAGAUCGAAGUGAGAAAGGUCACAUUCUGGGGCUGCUUCACUGUGGAUACAAUCUGGACGAUCGUUACUGGCCGCAUAUCUCAGCUUCCUCGAGCUGCCAUUACUCUCGAAAAGCCUAUGCUGGAAGAGACGUCUGACCUUCCUGAGGCUUAUCCCGCCCCCUCACAAAUCGCAGGAGGCGGAGUCGUAACCAUUCGCAUGUUCCUCCAGGAAUUCACAUCGCUCGCGGAGCUCGUCAAUGACAACAACCACAUGUUCUUUGCGCCGAAAGAGCGACUUACGAGCAGUAAAUUGCUUGAUUUUUAUCAUAAAUACCAAGCCUGGUAUAGACAACUGCCAGCUUUGAUAAGCCUGGAAGGAAAGAAGGAACCCGAGCCACACAUCUUGGUACUACACAUGCUUUACUGGACCAUCAUCGUGCACCUUUUCCGGCCUCUGCUCAAAGUCGAUCUUAUUCAUUCCGAUAUACGCCCCCGCGACAUCUGCGUAGAUGCGGCCAACAAAGUGUCUGAACUUGUCCGGAUCUACCGGCAGUUCUACGACUUUCGUCAAGCUCACCUGCUCAUACCACACGUAUUACUCACUGUCUGUGUUGUGCACUUGCUAUAUUCAAAGGAUAACAGCAUUUCUCGCCAAAACCUCAUCGAAGGCAUGCAGGGCCUAGAAGAUCUUCACGAAUGUCACUAUUUCGGGGCGAGGAGUUUCCGCGUCAUAUACACCCUUGCGAAGACGUGGAAAUUGCCCUUUCCUGAAGAAUUAGGCAACUCCUCGUUGAUACCGACAAGUGACCCCAACAAGCCCCAAGGUACUAUCAGUCCUCCGACAGAUCCUCUUAUGAUACCUCCCAAUACAACAACUAUCACCGGCAAUCGGAUAGGACCUGGCCGUCUCCAUCCACCUAUUACUCAGAGGAGGGAGAGCCUGUCGAUGUUUGCUCCUCAACCAGGGUUGCAAUUGGCUACACAUCCCGCCAAUUCGAGGCCGAGCAGUGUGUACUCGCAGCCCAUGUCAUCCGCCCCCAACAUGUCUACGGCAAUGACAUCUCCAUCUACCGAUACGGCAGAAUCCAUGUUUUGGAACCCUAUUCCUGGAGUACCAGGACCGAUUCUGCCACGUCAUAACUAUCAGCAAAUAAGUCCGAUGGGUCUGGAGAGUGUUCUCCACAACACAGACGUAGGUGAUCGUCUUGGUCGGGAUGGUUUCAAGAUCAGCGAGGACUGGCGAUCGAGCCAUAUUAACGGCUUCAAUCACAAUAUUGGAGGCAGUGUAUACGGCAACCCGCAUAGCCAGGCAGACACUGGAUAUGCGCACCGAGGGAGCUACGUGCAGCCGACAGAACAUGCGAGCUACCCGCAAACUACACAUGAGGGGCACCACCAUGCGCCCCAAGAGUACGACCCGGGAUGGUGGCAGAACACGAACGGAAACCAAGGUCCGAUGAGUUGA